AUGGUUGGUUCACGAAUCAUCUCAGGUCUUCUGCUAGGCAUUGGAAGCUUCGCACGUGGUUCUGAUGCAGUUGGCUAUGGACCUAGCUAUGCUACGAGCAAUUCUACCAAAUAUGUCAUUAUGGAUAAUGAUUGGGGUUCAACGGGUUUCAUACCCUAUCUCAUAGCGCUAGAUGCUGGAUGGGAAAUCUUAGGUCUAACAUCCUCUACGGCAGAUACAUGGCAACACCAAGUCGCACUCCACGCACUAGCCACCCUCUCGCUCGGCAACCUAACGACUUGUAUCCCCGUAGUACCAGGAUCUACAUUCCCGCUCUUGAACACGCCAGCCAGAUUCCAAGCCUGGGAGGCAGUUCAUGGAAAACUUCCUUGGCAAGGCGCAUUUGCUCCUUAUAAUGCUACGGCGGAAGCAGCGGGGAAAGAUCCCACGUCGGGUGAUGAUCCGUUUAGAGUUGUCCAGGGGGCUUUUGUAGAGGGUUUCCCGAGUAAUUAUUCGAUUGAUGCGUUGAAGAGAAGUCAGAGUGCUAGUGCGUUUAUGAUUGAGAUGGUGCAUAGAUAUCCGGGACAAGUAUCAAUAUAUUCCGGCGGCUCCCUAACAAACAUCGCGCUCGCCGUCCGCUCAGACGACAACUUCGCCUCCCUCGCCAAAGAACUGAUAAUAAUGGGCGGCUACAUCGACGUGAACCUCCUCCAAGUAACCGGCAGCAUCAACCAAGCCGACAUAAACUCCGACAUAAACCUAAUGAUCGAUCCCGAAGCCGCCAAAAUCGCCUUCACGGCCAAUUUUCCCAAAAUCACUUUUGCGGGAAAUGUAGCAAAUCAGGUGAUGAGUUCGCAGGAAUUUCUGGAUGAAAUCGCUGAGGUGAGGAAUGCGUAUUCGGAAUUGGUGCAUGGGUAUUAUGGGACGAAAUUUCCUUUUUGGGAUGAGACGGCUGCGGCGAUUUUGGUAGAUGGGGGUAUUGUGGAGAAUUCUACCAGUUGCUUACGAAAAGUCGAAUACGUAAAUCGAAUUAAUGGGGAGAAGUUAAAGAAAAUGAUUAAGAGAGCUGUGCAGUAUCCUAGGAAUUGUUCUACGAUGGGUCGUUAA